AUGUCAGACGCAGAGCCUAAAUCAGAAAUAACGAAUAACGAGCCAAAAUCAGAAAUCAGUGAUUUCCAACCAUUGAAAAGCUUGAAAAAACCGAAAAGUUAUGCUAAAAUAUAUGAAAAAUUAUCAAAGAAAUAUUCAAAUGUGAUAGGCACUUCAGAGAACCUUUUCUCCAACUAUACAAAUCUUCGAAAAGAAUACAUUUCAUUAUCCAACAAGAUUGGUUCCAUCACAGAUAUCCUUGGAUUAAUAGAUCGGUUACACGAUCAUCAACAUGAUACAUCAGAUUCAAAAGAACGUUUACAAUCAAUAAUAUCGCAAAAACCGCAACUACAGAAAAUACUAGGGGUGCUUAUAACAGAUGAUGGAUCUUUCCCAAAGCAUUUGGAGGAACUUUAUCCAUUGACUGAUCUUGCUGUACAUCUUUUACAAGAUCAUGUUGAAGAGACAGACCCACAGAGUAGAUCUGCUUGGAUUAAAAGAAAUCAUCCAGAGUUGAUUAAUGGUGACUUUGGGACUAGGAAGAGAAGAGCCAGUACGGAGGAUCAUGAUAAUGAAUCGAAAAAAAGAAUAAAGACUGAAUAA